ACAAACCCGUAAUUAUAAAUCGAAAAUUUUACCAUAAUGGUAAAGAAAAAUUCAACGGCAGUGCCAAGUUGCCAACUGGUUUUCUUGUGGAAGGAGUACUCCCCCACUUACAAAAAUUCAGCAAGAGGCGCCCAAAUUCUAAAGCGUUCUAAAAACGUCGUUUCCUGUUUUUUUUUACACAACUUUCCGUCGAAAAAUUUUAGGAAAGAGAAAAUGGAGAAUGAGGUCCACAUGAAGGUCGUCAAUGGCGAAAAUGGAUACGUCCUUGAAGAUGUUCCUCAUUUAUCAGAUUACAUUCCCAAUCUUCCUACCUACCCCAAUCCUUUACAAGAUAAUCCUGUCUAUUGAGUUGUUAGGCAAUAUUUUGUUCAUGAGGAUGAUACGGUGAUACAGAAGGUAGUAGUUCACAAGGAUUCGCAAAGGGGUAUACAUUUCAGGCGUGCAGGUCCAAGGCAGAAGGUGUACUUUAAUUCUGGUGAAGUGCAUGCGUGCAUUGUGACAUGCGGAGGUCUUUGCCCUGGACUUAACACUGUCAUCAGAGAAAUUGUCUGCGGCCUCUACCACAUGUAUGGUGUCAGCAAAGUUAUUGGAAUUAAUGGAGGAUAUAAGGGUUUUUAUGCUAAAAAUACUAUUCCUUUCGACCCUAAGUUUGUCAAUGACAUCCAUAAGCGCGGUGGUACAGUGAUUGGAACUUCUCGAGGUGGUCAUGAUACCAAAAAAAUAGUUGAUAGCAUUCAAGACCGUGGAAUAAACCAGGUUUACAUAAUUGGAGGUGAUGGGACACAGAAAGGAGCAGCUGUGAUCUAUGAGGAAAUUAGACGACGAGGCCUGAAAGUUGCAGUUGCUGGAAUCCCUAAAACGAUUGAUAAUGACAUUCCGGUUAUUGAUAGGUCUUUUGGCUUUGAUACUGCUGUAGAGGAAGCUCAACGUGCAAUAAAUGCUGCCCAUGUAGAAGCUGAAAGCAUGGAGAAUGGUAUUGGUCUGGUGAAAUUGAUGGGCCGCUACAGUGGUUUUAUUGCAAUGUUUGCAACUCUAGCUAGUCGAGAUGUUGAUUGUUGCUUGAUUCCCGAGUCACCUUUUUAUCUUGAAGGCAAGGGUGGGCUUUUUGAAUACAUUGAGAAAAGACUCAAAGAAAAUGGGCAUAUAGUCAUCGUAAUUGCUGAAGGAGCUGGGCAGGAGCUCUUAUCACAAAAUUGGAAUGAGAAAGAUGCUUCAGGGAACAAGUUGCUGAAAGAUGUUGGCCUGUGGAUGUCACAUAAAAUUAAGGAACAUUUUACGCGAAAUAAAAUGGUUCUAAAUCUAAAAUAUAUAGAUCCUACCUACAUGAUCCGUGCUGUUCCCAGUAACGCAUCUGAUAAUGUAUAUUGCACACAUCUUGCUCAAAGUGCUGUACAUGGAGCUAUGGCAGGAUUUACAGGAUUCACAGUUGGGCUUGUUAAUGGAAGGCAAACGUAUAUUCCUUUCAAUCGCAUCACUGAGCAACAGAAUCAGGUUGUUAUAACCGAUAGGAUGUGGGCUAGGCUUCUUUCAUCGACCAAUCAACCAAGCUUCUUGGGGGCCAUAGAAGUUGCCAACGCCAAGGAAAAUGAGAAUGCUGCUCAGUCAUCGGAGGGAGAUAACUGCAAAAACAAUUCUGCGGAAGAGGACAGUGUUGCUAAGUCACUGGAGGGAGAGAGCUGUAAAAACGAUUCUGCAGAAGAGAGUGCUGCUCAGUCAUCUACGGUAGAGAACUGUAGAAACAAUUCUGCAGUAGAGAAGAGUGUUGCUCAGCCAUCAAAGGGCGAGAACUGUAAAGGCAAUGCUGUGGAAGAGGAGAGUGUUGCUCAGCCAUCGAAGGGAGAGAACUGCAAAGGCAAUGCUGUGGAAGAGAAGAGUGUUGCUCAGCCAUCGAAGAGAGAGAACUGUAAAAACUAAAAACAAUUCUGUACAUUCUUCAUGCAUGACACAAUAACAGAAUCCUGUACUUCAGCUUGUGUCAAAUCCUAAUUCUUUGAGUCACUUAGAUUGAAUAAGUCUUUUUUUUCUUCUUCUUUUCCCAUUUGGUAGGUAAGAAAUCUAAGAAGAGGCUAGGAAUGAAAUCCAAGACAAUGUGCUUUUGUCUUCCUGCUCGGUGAUUUUACGGUCUCAAUGGGAUUUUUGCUAAAGGUUGAGCCCAGCUUCUCCUACCAAUGCCAUUAUCUUCGAAAUCAGUGAAGUUGUAUACAUCUUUUGAUUUCAGUACAACAAUUGUUCCAAACAAAACUUAGUGUCUUGAAAAGGGUGUGGGAGUUGGAAAGGCUGUAGGAUCGGAGUAUUGAUGAAUAAUGAUUUAUUAUACGAAGUAUAUGUUAAUGUCGAUUUUUGUCUUGUGGAUGAGGAGAAUUUGUAUAAAUUUCAAAGUGAAUAAAACAGAUGGAACCUACAAUUUGCUCUCUAGUCAUAAAUCUAUGUAUAUAUUGUUAUUGUUUGAUACAAUGUAAUUAUGAGACCCAACUGUCAAUAUCUACAAUCUUG